GCCCGAUUUGAGACAGAUCGUUAUCGUUUCGGGGUCACAGGGACUUUCACUCUUUCUCUCUCUCUGCAACAAAGAAGAAAUGGAGGUAGCAGCAGCGACUGCGACGAGCUUCACAACGCUUCGAGCUCGUACGUCAGCGAUUAUCCCGUCUUCUACACGUAAUCUGAGAUCUAAACCGAGAUUUUCUUCAUCUUCAUCUCUCAGAGCUUCUCUUUCGAAUGGCUUUCUUUCGCCGUAUACCGGAGGAAGCAUCUCUAGUGACUUAUGCGGCGCUAAGCUUCGUGCGGAAUCGCUUAAUCCGUUAAAUUUUUCCAGUUCCAAGCCUAAACGCGGAGUUGUCACUAUGGUUAUACCUUUCUCAAAGGGAAGUGCACACGAACAACCUCCUCCUGAUUUGGCAUCAUAUUUGUUCAAGAACCGAAUUGUAUAUUUGGGAAUGUCUCUCGUACCUUCAGUUACUGAGUUGAUACUUGCGGAGUUUCUUUACCUUCAGUAUGAAGACGAGGAAAAGCCUAUUUACCUUUACAUAAACUCGACUGGGACAACCAAGAAUGGUGAAAAGUUGGGCUAUGAUACUGAGGCUUUUGCAAUCUAUGAUGUCAUGGGGUAUGUCAAACCACCAAUCUUUACUCUUUGCGUCGGGAAUGCUUGGGGUGAAGCUGCUUUGCUUCUGACUGCUGGUGCAAAAGGAAAUCGAUCUGCGUUGCCCUCAUCAACUAUUAUGAUAAAGCAGCCCAUUGCUCGAUUUCAAGGCCAAGCAACUGAUGUUGAAAUUGCAAGGAAAGAAAUCAAGCACAUAAAGACAGAAAUGGUCAAGCUGUAUUCAAAGCAUAUUGGUAAAUCCCCGGAGCAGAUUGAAGCUGACAUGAAACGCCCGAAAUAUUUUAGUCCCACUGAGGCUGUUGAAUAUGGGAUCAUUGAUAAGGUGGUUUACAAUGAAAGGGGCAGCCAAGACAGAGGAGUUGUGUCUGACCUUAAAAAGGCACAACUCAUUUGAAUGUCAGAACUGUCUUCCGAAAUCCCAUGAUUAACAGGUUGGAGAUCUUACCGCUGAUCAAAUGGGGAAUCAGUGAACCAUUCACCGGCACAGAACUGAGGUAAAGUCUGGAAAACAUGUUAAAAAAGGUUACUAGUAAUGCUGCAAUUGUAGGGUUAUUUGAACAGAAACAAACCCAUAUGUGUAGGCUUGUGAAUGCCUAGAAACAGGAUUGGUGUAUCUUCAAUAUAUGUUUCUAAGAUGAAUCAAUUUCAUAUGCUGCUGUGUGUGUGUGUUACAAACCAAUAUGUUUGUGUUCACAUGAAGCAAGAACGUGGUACCGUUUAUGGAAUUAGAUGGAGAAUCAAUGAGCGAUGACAUAACGAUAAAUUGCACCAACCCCAUUAUCCUGUGAUAUUCCUUUUUCCUAUGAAAAGUCCACACUUGUCAUUAAACACGCAAUGUUUUGUUGGACUCUACAUGUCAACUGUUAUAGUGACGUCAUCGGUUCCUUACGUGCCGGCGAAUACGAGUUCUUCCACUGGAGUAAGAACUAGCCAACCAUGAUUUAGAGUUAGGGUGUGCAUUUAUAUCAUAGCGAAACGUUGACAAGAAAAUAUGUUCUCUGCAUUUCAAACUUAGGCUGAUCUAAACCAAGGGUAUACAAUUUCUGUAACCCGACACCCAAAAUAUUGAAUCAAAUACUG